UGAAACUGUUAUUUGUCAUCUUCCACCAUAUUUUUUGUGCUUGCUAAUCACCCCUUUAUUGAGUUUUGUUUGUUUCAACAUGUCACAACACAAAUUAACCUCGAUUGGUGACAUCAUCACUCCCUUAUAAGCUGCACAAAAAUAAGUAACAAGACCAUGGAGGUGAAUUUCAAGUCUCCUUCCCUUGAAAAACAGGAAGCUGAGGCUGAAGAAGGAGAAAACAUGCGCUUUCACAAGUCUCUUCAGGAGCUAAGAGAAUUGCAGUCUCAACUUCACCAUGCUGCAGAUUAUUGUGAAACAACUUUCUUGAAAAGUGAAGCUAAGAGAGAUGUGAUGGAAAACACAAAAGAAUACAUAUGCAGCGCCAUGGUCACUGUAGUUGAUCAUCUUGGGAACGUUUCGGCUAAUCUUGAAGGCCUAGUUUCUCAAACAAAUGCCUUUUCUGAGGCUGAAUCACGAAUUCAGUGCCUCAAACAAAGACUUUUCUCAUGUGAACAAUAUGCUGAUAAGCUUAACCUCACAAAAAUGAGAUGGAGGGAGAAAUUGCCAAGAUUCCAUUCAAGAUAUUUAUCAUCACCACCCAUCCUUGAGAGAUCAAGCUGUGAAAAAUUAAGAGACUCUAAAACUGAAGAUCCCUCAAAAAUAGAAGAUAAACACAUACUAGAAAAACAGGAGGAUUUGCCUCUUUUUUUGUACACCCAGAAGGUACAUGCAAAUAAGAAUUUGAAGCCAACCAGCGUUACAACAUUAAACAAGCACAACAAUUUGACAAUGGUGGUACCUGUUCGGGAUGGUUUAUCAGUCUUAACAAAAGUUUCAAAUCCUACAUUUCAUUUCCAAGGUUCCCCGAAAGUUACACGCCAUAGAAGAUCCUUGCAUGGGAGUGACAUCUUAUGGCUCAUUCGGCGUACUAAAAGAAUCCAAUGAAACUAAUAGUUUUAAACACUCAUUGUGUUGAUGUUCUAUCAUUUUCGUGUGGAAGUUCAAUGUUAGAUGUAUGAUUCAGGAAUCAAACAUUAUCUGCAAAUAUUUAUAUUUUGAAGCACUUUGAAUGUAGUUGUUUUUGUAAUUUUGCUAGUUAUAAUGAUUUAGAUUUAGCA